GGCGCCGCGAUGGCCGUGGGGCUGGGCGGCUGACAGCCGGCCUAGGAGCCGACUCGGAGCCCGGCGGCUCGGCGGCCGCGGCCGUGGCACUGCCGCCGCGAUGGCCACGUCCGCCGCUUCCUCGGAGCACUUCGAGAAGUUACACGAGAUCUUCCGGGGCCUCCAUGAAGACCUCGUAGGGGUGCCCGGGCGGCUGCUGGGGACCGCAGGGACGGAAGAGAAGAAGAAGCUGAUCAGAGAUUUCGAUGAAAAGCAACAAGAAGCAAAUGAAACCCUGGCAGAGAUGGAAGAGGAACUACGUUAUGCACCUUUGUCUUUCCGUAAUCCCAUGAUGUCUAAGCUUCGAAACUACCGGAAGGACCUUGCCAAACUGCACCGGGAGGUGAGGAGCACGCCUCUGACGGCUCCGCCUGGGAGCCGAGGAGACAUGAAGCACGGGGCAUAUGCCAUCGAGAACGAGCACGUGAAUCGACUACAAUCCCAAAGGGCAUUGCUUCUGCAAGGCACUGAGAGCCUGAACCGGGCCACCCAGAGCAUUGAGCGUUCUCAUCGGAUUGCCACCGAGACGGACCAGAUUGGCUCAGAAAUCAUAGAAGAACUGGGGGAACAAAGAGAGCAGUUGGAACGCACCAAAGGCAGACUGGUAAACACAAGUGAAAACCUGAGCAAAAGUCGAAAGAUUCUUCGUUCAAUGUCCAGAAAUUCCGGAAUGCCCACUGUGAAACGUACCAUCAAGUAUUUCCUAAAUUCUCACACACUCUGCACUUUCUGAUUCGUCUGGUGAACUUGGUGUAGGAAGUUGGUCAUAGGUGAUAUGUCCUCCUUCUCUCGUCUGACCAAAACUCGAAGCGAUCACAUCCACGGCCAGGCUAGCCGUAGCCUUCGCCUCGUCCUCCGAAGCGGCUAACCGAGGAUUGACUUCCACAAGAUCCAGAGCCGACAGCAACCCUGUGAGAAGAACAGAGUGUAACGGAACCUCAGAAAACUGCCUAGCUGCCACUUCCAAGGAGGGUCUUCGCACCUGGACAGGGAGAACAAACUAAGGGGAAAAUAUGAACUGUAAAAUCACCUUUUGUUUUCUCUCAGUCAAGAAACCUUUAAGGAAAUAAAUCAUCCUCUUAUCUACUAACAUAGUGGUACAGCUGCUAGGUUCUCGGAAUAAGAAAUGGGUGUGGUGUGCGGA